CUGACCGGUUUUGUUUCUGGUUUCAUGAACGUUUACACGCCGCGCGGAGUAGGACGCCACCCAUGCAACAUGGCGGCGAAACCGAGCCGUUUUCGAAGCGCUCCAAGUUUCAUCUGAGCUGUGUGGUGUGGCGAUGAACACCGAGGCCAUGUGAAAUCCUCCCCGCACGUACCGUUACCCGAUCCCUUCGAAGUCUCGCCCUGUCGGUUCGUGCGCGUCACCUGCCGCUUGAAAGAUCCAGCGCGCCUCUAGGAAAGUCUCUCCGUCCUUUUGUUUCGCUCGCGACGGGGAGCGAUCGAGUACGGGUGCCGCUCGCAACGAUCGCGCGUUUUGACUGCCGGCACUCUUGUCAACGACCUAUGGAUUGCAGGUCUCACUGAUCCUUCCCUUCCUGGUUGAUUGGAGAAGUACACUGGUAUGGAGCGACAUUGGCUUUGGCUUUUUCUCACGUGGCUUCCGGCCUGCGGUUGCCUUAGGGGACCUCGUAUCGUCUCGUUGGAAAACUCUACAGAGACCACACUGGACAUCAAGUGGACCCCUGUGGCCUCAACGAAUGUCAACAUGUACACGGUUCGCGCGAGCCCCGUUCAAACGUACGGCCCAUUGUUGGGUCCGAGCCAAGAGUGGAAGUACACGAGCGCUCGCCAGGCGGGCCUUUUGGGCCUCCACCCUGGCACCCUGUACAAUGUGAGCGUGUGGGCCGACACGUCCGAAGGACCCAGCGAGACCACUUCGAUAGUGGUUUGGACGGAGGUCGGAGAGCCGGACCUGCCACCAACUGUACAAGUUCUGUCGCGUGACGGCACCCAGAUGGUCGUGCAGCUCUCACCAGGAACAAGUUCCAAAGGUCCUAUUACGGGUUACCGAAUGAUUGCAUUUGAACGGAGCAGCCUCAUGGCAUUUAGCCCGGAGCGGCUGGCGGGACAUCGAGAGGCUGCUGAGGCUGGCACGCCUUUCUACGUGGCAGCCGAACUGGGACCCGAGUGGGAAAACAAGACUUUCGUGUUCGGCGACGGCCGCUCCUACGGCGGAUUUCUCAAUGCCCCGCUGUCGCCCAGCGAGGAAUACCUUCCAAUUCAGGGUGUUGCCAGCUCACUCAAUGGGAUAACCAAAUAUGCGUACUCAGUGGAAAGCCCAAGCACGGAACGUAUCCAGCCACCCGUUAUCGUAAUGGACGAGAGGUCACAAGUGCUGUCCUCAUGGCUCUCUGCUGCUACUGCCCUGGGUGCCUGCCUCCUGCUGGCAUUCAUCGUGGCUUACGUCUUUGCCCGGCGCCACUACAGUCGCCGCAGGCGGCGCACGGAGGAACUGAUGCUGCGCUCUCACCCAAGCCUGGAUUUGGACGAUGUCACUCCCUUCAGUGCAGGCUCGCUGCAACUAGGCGAGGGAGCCGACCUGGGGGCGUUUUACAACCAGCUGCGCUCCAUGCUGCCCAUGGUGUCUCGGUCGCGACUACUGCUCUCAGACACCACGCUUGGCCAGGGCCGGUUCGGUCCGGUCCGAGCGGGCCACCUCGUCACGGACGACAGCCGAAAGGUGCCAGUGAGCGUGCAACGCUGCCCAGCCGAGUGGACUCUCCCAGACCACGAGCGCAGAAGUCUCUUGGCAGACAUCGAGGGCAUGCUACGCCUUGGCAGCCACCCCAAUGUAGUCCAAUUCAUGGGCGCUUGCGAAGAGGAGCCUGAACUGCUUCAAUUGGCCGUGGAACAGCCUUCGAGUUCACUGCGUGGCCUCUUGCUGACCAGCCGCCACAGCGCAGAGGGGCGAGUGUCGGCGAUCCCAGAGGAGCGCCUGGUUGACCUGCUGGUCUCACUGGCAGCAGGCAUGCACCAUUUGUCGUCCAGAGGGGUGCAGCAUGGCCAGUUGUCCACCAGGAGCGUAACCAUGGUCGAACCACUGGUGCCCAAGAUCAGCUAUUUUGGUCUGGCUCGGUACAGCCCUCUGGGAAAAAAACUGGACUUCACUCGGUGGUUAGCCCCCGAGACCCUGCGAACUGGAAACCAUACAGAGAAGAGUGACGUGUGGUCCUUCGCCGUUCUUAUGUGGGAAGCGUUCACCUUAGGUGGAAGUCCCUACGUGGAUCUGUCAACCUCAGAGGUGGCUGACCGUGUGACGCGAGGCCUGAGGUUGAAGAGGCCACGAGGAGUAUCGAUCCCCCUCUAUCGGCUCAUGCAGCAGUGUUGGCAUCAGCAGGCCAGGGACAGGCCCAGUUUCCAAGAGCUGCAGUGCUCCCUCCAGGCGUUGCAACCGGAUGCCCUCCAGUUCACCUACACUGCCGGAUACGUAUACGACAAGUUCAACCCCCUGGCUGAUGAAGCGUGACACGCCAGCCAAGGCCAUCUACUCCAGCCAUGACUGCUAGCAAGCGAACCCCGGUGACCCAGCAGCUACAUUCCAUUGACCCACGACAGCGGGCAAUUCCUUCCUCGCUUGCAGGCGGCGUUGUUAUGAAUCUCAAGAAGGACACACUUCAGGGCACGCAAGCUUGACGAAGUGUUGCACAGACGUGUGCGAGACUGCAUUCGCCAAGAAGUAAAGGAAGCGAUGGUGACUGACAAUGUGUGGUGUUCUCUGGCGCAAGAGCAAGUGACGGCCAAAGAUUGCCAAGGAAAGGAAGAGAGGCUGUUGUACUAUUUCAAAGUGACUCUUGUGUUUUGUAAAUGUGUGCAGUGUACGGACAAGGAACAGGUAAUUGCCCUGAAUUCACAUUUGUGGGCGCAAUUCGAUGAAGCGAGAGAAAGGUAUCACUAUCUAGAAAACGUGGCAAAGUACCAAGCGCCACCAAUUCACCACAUACUAAUACUCCUCUUAGCGAUUAAUAUCUUACCAACAGCAACUGUAAAGUUUCCUUUUUAUACAGGAUGGAGUCCAGACUUCUGCAUCACUAGCAUACGUGUAAACUCUUCGAAACUUUUUGCAAUGUUUACAAAUUUCAUCCAACUCUAUUAAUUUACAUACAUUGCAUCAAGUUUUACGUAAAGCAGAUGGUGUUUGCAAAAAAAAAUGUUUUAAAGAUAUGAAAGGGUCGGUCUGUGUAAUGCUGCAAAAAUUUGUUACUGCAUGCCUUUCAUGGCAGCACAAAACACCUUGUACAAUACUUGCUUUGAGCAGCUUUACUUAAAGAAGUUACCCAAGUACACAAGACAUGCCACAGCGAAGUCUGAAAAAUCACUCCGUUUUAAAAACAGUGCUAUGCUAAGUUUGCUGCUUCUAAUGUGCCUAUCUCACAGAAGGAGCUGGCCAAGAGAAACCUUUAAAACAGGAAAUCGCUUGUUUAAAAAGAUGGCACACAAAAUGUUUGCCAUGCUUUAUUUAGUGUUGGUCUUCUUACACAGCAUGUCCUUCAAAAAAUAAGUUUCUGAAUGCCACAGCAGCCUGUCAUACACAGUUGUGAGUGGAAUCUCAUUGUUUUUCGUGCAAUGUUCUGAGCAUAAGUAACUUCAAAUUGCCUUUCUGUGAUACCCUUAUGUUCUCGUGCAUAACACGCAGUGCAUGUUAAACCUUCCGUCCUUUUUAAUCCAAUCCAUUCUUGUUACCUGUUUUAUUUCAUUUUGCUUACCUUCAAUGUGUUGGCAACCUGUGUGAUGGCCCUGUGCGUACAUUCCAAGUGAAAUAGCAGCUUCAAAUGGCUGAAUAUGUGUGACAAUUUGUGCAUUGUUUUUAGCAAAUCAGAAUCUUGCUACAGUUAUCCGUCCUUUUUCAUGAAAUGGAUUGUUACCAAUUUUAUUCCAUUUUGUUUACCUAGCUUCUAUGUGUUGGCAACUAAUGGCAACUAAUGUAAUGGCCCUGUGUGCACAUUCCAAGUGAAAUAGCAGCUUCAAAUGGCUUAAUAUGCAUGAAAAUUUGUGCAUCGUUUUUAGCAAAUCGGAGUCUUGCCGCAGUUGCUCAGCACUAUGUACUAAGCACAGCACCUCGUAUGCCGCAUGCUUGUACUGUUAGGGAGGGGCAACUGUCCUGCCUUGCCAUCCACUGAAGGCACUCCAGCAGCAUUGCACCACAGCGACGCUGAUAAAAAACCAAUGCUGUGCAAAGGUAGCACAUGCUUUGUGAAUACUGUGCACUGCCAUAAAAAAGUGAUAGGAGAAAACAAGUUAGUUACCUACACUAAUUCUUAACAACAUUCCUUUGUUGGAUUACUACUAAUGUGGUGACUUGCUUGAUUCACCCGAACCAGUACAGUACUGGUACACCUGUACCCAAACCAGUAGCUCAGACCCGAACCCACUAAUGUGGCGACUUGCUCGAUUCACCCAAACCGGUACGGUACCAGGACACUCAUUCACCAACCGUCACUGCAGUACCCGUAUGCACUAGAAGGUGCUCUACACACCUCAACCAAUCGAGACAUGCUAGUUGAUGGUAUGGUACUGAGCAUACAACUAGCCACGUAGCUGCCUACCCUAUUCCCCUGUUAUACCUCUGUACGCUUCGAUACCCCUUCAAGAAAGCAUGGAUGAACAAAGCACUAUCGCGUAUUUCGUAUCUUAAGUACAGUGCUCAGGCACUGAAACGUGACAUCAAAACUUCCAAGUAUAACAACUGGUAUGCACAACUACUCGAUAUAGCCGCCUCGUGUUGUUACGAACCUGGCCACUAUGGUGACAUUGGCUCUGAUGUCGGCGUACGAGCCAAUAUUAUGCAGAUGGGAUGUGAUUCAAAGACUGGAAACGAAAGUAUGUGCAUUACUUAGCCCUAAAUUGACACAUUGCAAUCCGUGAGCACUGUACAUGGUUAUCCACUUUUAUGGGUGAGCAUCUUGUUAGAAUACCAGUGUAACAUAUAACAUCAAAUUCGUAAUUUCUAAUGUCCUUGUGGCAAAAAAAUAGCCUGUAUGUAGUGUGUCUGUUAUUAAAAUAUUGGUUUAAAAGACAUUAUUUUGCAUUACCUUCAGCUGUUUAGAGAAUAUAAUCCAGCUGAGGUGGUGUGCAUCUUUUCUUUUUCUAUGUACAUUACUGAAAAAAGAGGCUUAACACUAAUGACACACUCUUGAAUUGCACCCCUAGUGACGGCACCUUUGAAGUAAUGAACGUCAAUCCUAAAGGCCAUGUUUUCCGAUACUGCAAGUCCUGCAAACACUGCAAGCGAUUACAGUAGAUUGAAACAAAUAUAGGUUGCCAUGUUUUGGACAGCAUCUGUACGUAAAUGGCAAACAUUUUUAACACCGUAGUCGUGAAAUAGUGGCAUAGUUAUUCCAGUGUGAAAAGUUCUCAUUGUAUAUUGUCAAUAGAAGCAAUCUGAAACGCCACAGGUGGUCUGAUUGUAAUGACAACCGUUAUAAUAGUGUGGUGUGUCUUUGUACAUGUGAGGCUGUGUGAAGUUUGCCGAGAUGUUUCGAUCAUAUGCAUUUAUACAACAGGUUUUCGAACUUACUCAGCGCAACUGCAUUUGGACCAUACAUACUCUCAGCAUUUGUUCCCUCGUGUUCGCACUUACACCUUGUAAACAGUUUUUUUUUUUCAUUUGGAACAAUACUACGUUGAUUUUUUAUUUGAUAUUGGUAUAGUACCGGUGUGAUAGUCAAGUUUCCCCUCCCUCUAAUAUUACAUCCAAUUAAUACGGGUGUCACACGAGCAAGUUACUAUUGCAGUCGAGUCCCGAUCAGUGUCGAAUUCCUUGGCAGCGAUUGGACCCCUUCUGCGUCUGAUGCAAAUAAGAAAAUUGUUGCCAGGAAACCGAAAGGGCUCGAUCAAGUGCAUUGUGUGAUGCUCAUAUAAGUCCCACUAUUAAAACACCCCAACUUUAUUACAGACUGCACAAUUGCAGUAUGCUCAAUUCUUACGGUGGGUCGCAACUUCGGGAACCGAAUCGCAUCAUAUUUGUGCAAUAUUCCGUCAAGCCUUUGUGCCCUGUUGUUCUUGUGGUAUCGAGAAUGUCUACUCAAGUUCGUUUCGUUUUUAUCCGCAUCGCCCGUCGCAGCUUUUGUCACCCGCUGCUGCGCCGAAGACAUUACGAGGACCAGUUCGUCAAGAUUAUAUGUAUGUCCUCUGCGAUGUCGUUCACUGCCUUUGUACAUUUGCAAGGUUUUUAUACCGGUGCUUUUAUUUUUGCGUUUACCGCUGGAGCUCGUCCUUGCAAUAUGCUCAGACUGACUCGUGUUACUGAAAUAAAGAUAUACUUGGUCCUUUUUUUUAAA